GCCGUGGCCUCGGGUGUCCCUUUGUGGUGAGGAGGACUGUUUUGAUGCAGUUGGCAAAAAUAUUAGAGAGGGCAUUUACCUGUAAAAACAUCGGCAGAAGCGUAUGUUCGUGAGUGUUUCGAAUUUCCCCGGUACGGAUGUGUAACGUUACGCAAGAAAACGCCUAAUACUUUGCUUGUAGAAAUGUUCGCCUUUGUUUUCACUAGCAUUGCGUGCUACUGUUUUUAGCCCUGGCCAAGUGGCAUGGCGUGAAUUCCGCAAACCCAAAGAACCAAUGUUAAGAAUGCGUCGAGCUAGCUAACGUGAUAUUUUGAUACUGUCUGCCGGUUAUUAUUAGCUAUGAACGUUAUUCCCUUAUGUCGACCUGUGCUGCUGUUUCCUUCUGGACCUUACAGAUAAAGUAGCACUUACAAGCUGCCUCUCAGUCACUCUUUGCAGGACGGGACUAGCCGAAAUGGACGCCCCAGCUCCAUCACCCCAGAAAGAUUUCUAGCGGUGACACCAGCGACUCCAGUCUGCCACAUCCUGGCCCCGCACAAACGCAAGGACCCAAACCGUGGCUUCCUUUCUUUUCUAUGACACACCCAAUUUAUGCCCAGCUAGAUUCGGUAGAAUCUCUGUUGGACGAACUUCCAUAUAUGUUUUAUCUGGGCCUGUUCUUUGUGAACGUCCUGAUCCUCUACUAUGCCUUUCUGAUGGAGUACAUCGUCCUGAAUGUGGGGAUAGUAUUUCUGCCUGAGGACAUGGACCAGGCGCUGGUGGACCUCGGGGUACUGUCCGACCCGGCCUCUGUGCCCUAUGACGCGGACACAGAGCUGGAUGUGUUUGAGGGGUAUCUUGAGUGACAGUGCGAAAAAUAAAUGUACAGUUCAUUCAGAAAGUAUUGAGACACCUGCACUUUAUUUCUUUACAUUUUGUUAUUUUGCAGCCUUAUGCUAAAAUCGUUUACAUUAAUUUCCCCCUCAUUAAUCUGCACUCAAUACCCCAGAAUCACAAAGAGAAAACAGGAUUUUACACAUUUUAGCAAAUUUACUAAAGGGGAAAAAAACUGAUAACACUGACUAAUUAUUCAGACCCUUUGCUAUAAUGCAGUUUAGCUCAGGUUUCUCCCAUUUCUCUUGAUCAUCUUUGAGAUGUUACUACACCUUGAUUGGAGUCCACCUGUUGAAAAUUCAAUUCAUUGGAUACGAUUUGGAAAGGUACGCACAGCUGACAAUGCACAUGACGUCUGCCAAGAAACUGUCUGCAGAGCUCAGAGACAGGAUUGUGUUGAUACACAAAUCUGGGGAAGACUAAAAAAUACCUUCUGCUGUGUUGUAGGUUUCCAAGGGGCCAGGGGCUUCCAUAAUUCUUAAAUGGAAGAACCUUCAUAGAGCUGACUGCCCGGCCAAACUAAACAAUCAGGUGAGGCCUUGACAAGAGAUGGGACCACGAACUCUGUGGUCCCCCUGGCUGAGCUCCAGAGAUCCUGUAUGGAGAUGGGAGAAACUUCCAGGACAACCAUCACUGCAACACUCUACUGAUCUGGACUUAAUGGCAGUUGGCCAGACAGAAGUUUCUCCUCAGUGGAAGAUGCAUGAACGCCUGCUUAGAGUUUGCAAAGAAACACCUAACUGACUCUCAGACUGUGAGAAACGAGAUUCUCUGGUAUGGAACCAAGAGUGAACUUCUUGGCCUCUGUUCUGAGCAACAUGUCAGGCGGAAACCAGACACCACUCAUCACCUGUGCAAUACCAUCCCAAUGGACUCGAGGCUGUAUGCUACCAAAGGUUGCCUCGGCUCAAAAGAAGGUAGCCUGAGGAAGAGAGAUUCAGGCCUGCAUCUGUCGCGCAGGAAGAGCACUCUGCACUGGAUCGACUGUCAGUCUCUUGCCAUUCUAAAAGCAAUUGACUGCAGUCGGACACCAUGGGGUUAGCACUGGCAUCUUUGUUGCCCACUUUGGACACAAUUAAAGAUAAAAAGGAACCACGAUGUGUUGCUAGUGGAAAGAGACAGCUUUUUUCCAUGUGGAUGAAAAACGGACGUACCAGAGAUGUGGAGGAUGAUUCAGGUCGUCUGCAUUGCAACCAGUUCAGAUACACUUUACACUGAGCAGUUACCUGGGCUGCGCAAGAUCUAUUAGCAGGCUGCUGAAGGAAGUGAAUUAAAAAUUGCCACUUCAAUCACAGUGUGACAUCUCAGAAGAACUGGCAACUUUUUUUCACUGUGUGUCCUUUUGUUUUAAUUUUUAAAAAACAGAUUGUGUUGCUGCUUUGCAUCAUGAGGUGUAAUUUGAAAUGUGUCCAUACUGUAUGUCUUUCAGGGAUGUACACACUUGACUCUCAGGAGCACAGUUAGGAACUUGUGCACUGGUAAGACAUAACUGACACUGGCCAUAGGCUGUGGCCUACAGGAUUAUGGGACAGGCUUUAAUAUUUUUAAAGCUCCCUAAUGAAUCAGGAGCACCAUCCCACACUCACCUAACUCUUUAAUACUCUCUGCAUUACAGUAAAGUGUGCAGGGAGAGUUAUUUCUUAGUCUUCUGAUAACCUAUAUUGCAUUAAUAUUUGGGGGCAUAUGCAAAUUUCUUUUCCACUUAAAGUUAACUAAUAGAUUAGUUAAAGCAGCUGUGAUCACAGCUGGCCAAAUGUGUCAAACUGUUAUCAGUAUGAGUAGUGUCAAAGGCUGAAACCGCCUUAAGAAAGAGCGCCAGAAGAAGUGCUUCAGAUACUUUUUCAUCCAUUUGUUGAAUUUUUUUAAUAACGUUAAAAAUUUGUGUUUGACAGAAAAACACUACGCAUGAUGUUAGUUGGAUGUUUAAAAAAAAGGAAAUCUGUUUUUUUUGUGUUUUAUUGCACUUCUGUUUUACGUUUUUAUAAUUUAGAAUUCUAUUCAUAAAAUGUAUAUUCUUGGCAGCAAUAAUUUACUGGAUUUAAGCAAUGGGGCAGUUCAAUGGUAAGAUUGAGAUCCUACACAAUUGUCAAAUUAUGCCACCUGGAUGAGUGGAAGAAGAUCGCCUUGUGUCAGUGAUAUUUUUGUAAAGGGAUAGAUCACUUGAUUUACUAGAUUUUUGUAAGCCUUGAAAGUACUGUACAUGCUGUAGGUCUGAACAGCAGUUAUAGCCCAGCUAAUUAACUACAUGUUGAUUUUGGAAGCAAUAUUUUCUCAAUGAAUACAGGAUGUGUCUGCCAGAAUAAGCAACGUGUGCAUAGAAAUCAUCGCAAUGCAUUUGUUGUCCAACAAAUUACUGACACUUCACAGACAAAAAUGUUUCAAAACAUUGCACAUGCAGGUUUCAUACUCCAAACAAACUUUUGUUCAGACCUUUGCCUGACUUGUCAGUGUUUUGAACAUUACAUUCCGCUAGACAACCUUUCACCGAGAUGGACCAACACUUGGUACACUAAGUGUAGCCAAAUAAUUGUUCACAGCCGCAUCACGCGACGAAAUAGAAAGAAAAGGCCAUGCUGCAACUCAAGAUGAAGGAUGUAAGAAACAAUUGUCAAACAUGUUGACGGCAGUGCAGUUUAGAAGGAAUAGGUUUUGAGAUCAAACAUUUUUUUUAUGCCAUGCAAGGCUGUUUCUCAAAGAGUUCAUACCAGAACUCAACCAGUAUCGAUUAAUGACGGCUGAAAACCAAAUUCAUUCUUUUUGGAUUGACUGUGCUAGUAGUAAGCAAUAUUUUGGGGUGACAUUAACAAUGUUUCAAUUGGAUUGUGUAAACCAGUGUGUCCAUAAGAAUUAUAUCUUUGGCAGGAUGAAAAUUCAUCUGAAACAGCAUUUAGAUCACGUGAUGACGAAGCUCAGGACACAUAUUCAGUGUAAAACAUGUUUGUAUGGAAUUUGAUCAAAAAUUCCUAAAAUGAUACCAGGUAAGGGCUUACUGUAGAGGAAAAGUAAUCAAACUGCUAAGGUCAAUGUCAGAACAAUAAGUCUGGUAUUAAAGUUGAAAAAUGUUUAGAAAUCACUAGUUGCAGCUAAAACUGUGCCCUUCCCUGGGCAAUACAAAACGCUGCUGUCAGGUUCUGAUCAACUCUGCUCACAGCAUCUUAGCUUAGAGGAAACCUAUGAGACUUCAUGAGGACUGUGAUGGAUGAGAACCUUUGCUUGGAUUGUUGGAUGUCUCAUCACCAUGGACAUACAGCCUUUACCCAGCCUCCACAUCUGCUUCUUUGCAGACAUGCACAUGCUAUAGCCUAAUAAGCUAAGGAUCGUAACAGAGUUUUAUUUUACAAUGUGUAUUUAAUAAACUUUGAGUGAAUGCCA